AUGGCUCCUCUGGUCGACUACUCGGAUUCCGCUGACGAGGCGGAUGAGCUUCAUGAGCCUCAACCGGCACCCAAACGAAGAAAGCUUAGCCUGAACAAAGCUGUGCCUACCCUGCCUGCGUCCUUCUUCUCGCUUUACGCGACCAAUGUGCGAACUGCCGCCGAGGACGAUCCAUCCCUACAUGGUGGGCGUGUAAGGCAGGUUGCUCACAAAGAAGGCAAUUGGCCAACGCACAUCUAUCUUGAAUGGUAUCCCCAGGAGCGGCAUGAAAAAGAUAUUGACUUUAUGAUUAAGAGUGCCCAGCAGGCUGACGCCAAUGUUCACUCCUUUUUGCGGUCGAACUUGGGGGUUCAACUUCCGCUACAUAUCAGCUUGUCGGCUCCUCUGGUACUCGAGACUGAGCAGAAAGAUGCCUUUCAGCAAGCCGUCAAGGACGCCAUCAGGGACCCUGGCGUCAGGUCUUUUAUAGUGAGUCCAGUUUCUGUUGAUUGGGUGCCCAAUUCCGAUAAGAGCCGGUAUUUCUUGGUCUUGAAGUUGACACGGCCCCCCAACAACGAUCUGAACAAGCUUCUACGAGCAUGCAAUGCGUGCGCUCGGCGCUACAAGUUACAGGAACUGUAUCAAGCUGCAGAGCCGGAGCUGAGUCCGAACUUGGAGACACGAACCACCGAAAGCAAAGACAAUCCUUUUCACAUUAGUAUUGCGUGGACGCUUUACAAGCCCUCGGUGUCAGCCACAGAUGCAUUGAAACAGGCUCUGCCCGCUGAGCUGACGGAGGCAAGCAUUGCAUUCGACACAGUCAAGCUGAAGAUCGGGAAUGUGGUCUACGAUCUUCCAUUAUUGGCUGAUGUGGGUGGAUGA